UUCAGCUACUUACCCAUGCCAUUCUACUUUUUAUUAGCUAUAUCAGCAUGUGCUCUUGACAUCUGUGAUAAAAACACUACAGACUGCAUAAACGUCGAUGGCGGUAUUCCAAAAUGUAAUUGUAAAACAGGCCUGGUCAAGUUAAACCAAGAAGACAGAGCUUGUCAAGCAUGCGAUGGUGACUGUUCUGCCACAAACAAUAAAUUCUGUCUCAUGAAAGCAGACCAUGUCCCUGAAUGCCAGUGUCUGCCUAAUUUCCAGAAAAGUGAUAAAGAAUGCCAGGCGUGUACCAUUGGAUUUUCCGGAGAAGACUGUCAGGACAGUUAUAUGGCCAUCCUCAUAGGAAUAUCUACAUUGUGUGCGGUUCUUCUGGUGGCUUUAAUUGGAGUAAUCAUUUACCUCUCAGUCAGGAAAAAGGGCCAUAAAGCUGAAAAUCAGCACUUGAUAAGCAAUGAGUAUUCAACCAUAGGCAAUACUUCUGGAAUUCCUCCUGCCACAAACCCUGCUGGAAAUGAGAAAAUCUUCCCCAGAGUCCAGGCUAUGAAUGAUACACCAUCGAGCAGAACCACUGCUAACAACCCAACCAAUUUCCACGAAGGAGGAGCAGCAAAUAGAGGCUACCUUCCUGAGCGAGACUAUGGCAAUGAUAACUGGCUAGAAAUGCCAUCAAGAGGCAGAUACUGAGUCCUGCCGAAGAGAGAGGAAAAGCAGGAGUGUCUGUGAACGUGAAUGCUGCCAUGGAAUCAAAACGCAUUGCUUCUCAUCUUGUCCAGUCACUUCAGCAAUUGUGCUAAUGUUUGCAUUACAUUACAUAUAACAUUAUAUAUAACAUAAUAACACCAGCAAUGAGUGCUAACAUCCCAGAAGGAUCCUACAGUUAUCUUUUGUAAACUACAGCAUACCUGUCAGUUUAAUGGAACUUCAGCUGUGCUUGCUGUCUUGCUUAAAUGAGUGGAAGAAAAGACAGACAUGAAAAUGUGCUGCAUCUCUGCUAACUAUUGUGGCUUUUGCAUGUCUUCUAUCCACAUAUGUGUUAUCACAGAAGAGGAGGCAGUAGAGAAGAGGGGGAAGGGCAACAGUGCAUUGACUAACACGUUGAUGGGUUUGAUCACCCUUCUUGUCCCUUGACAAGAAGGCUGUUGUGUAAUAUUUAGAGCUGACUCACAAAUGAAGGACAAGAUGGUGCCCCUGUCCACCCAUUUCCAUGUACAGAAGCCGAAUCUUAUUUGAAUAGUGGCAAUGGGAUGGAAUCUUCCUCUAAACUCAGGGGUUUUAUCUAACUGGACUUGUCUGGUUCAUGUUAACCAAGUUUUGCUGAUGGAUUCUCUGUGCCCUUACUAUGCCGUUACUGUGCCCUUACUGUGCCCUUACUAUUGCAGCACUGGAAAGAUAAAUGUGUGGCCCCCUUCACUCAGUGGAUGGAAAACCUGAUUGCACUUGCCACCCACGAGCAGAUUGCCCAUAGACGUAGACUUUGUAUGGACAAGGUUAAUGAAAUAUGGGACUCAUUUAUAC